CGGCAAACGAGUCCUAGUCAAGAGCAUUUGCAGGCACGCAUCAUAAGAACAUUUCAAUUUCAAUAUGGCCGGCGGUGGCAGAACGGCCGGCAAAUACGGUUAUUCAGACAACAAUUAUUACAGUGGUCACUCGUAUAAAAGCAUCAACGAUGAGAUUAUUCUGGUUAGCAUCAUCAUGGGCAUCACAAUACUGGUGUUAAUCACCAUUGCCCUUUGCUACAUUGCCUAUGAGAAAUGUCACAAGAAGCGCGAGUAUUAUAUCAACGCCUAAAGAGGCUCAAGUCUUUAAAUAAAUA